AUGGUAAAGUCACCUUCGGCGCCCGCUGUUGUGCUCCAAUGUGACUCAAUUGUUGAACUACUCAAGACACUCACUAUUGAGAGUGUCAACUCUACCUCUCAAAUGAAUAGAGGUGUCAUCACUGUCAGACGUUCAGACUCAUUGGACUUGGCCCUCAAGGUUCUGACAGAGAAUGACAUAUCCUCUUGUCCCGUAAUUGAUCCAAAGCUUGGUUGCAUGGGCUUGGUCGACAUGUUUGACAUUGUUGCCUAUCUACUUGCUAUGUUCUCCAAGCAACAGUUAGAGUUCACCAACUCUAAACAACAGAAUAGCGGCUCUGCCAAGAUGCUGGGGAUGAACUUCUUCAAGUUGAACCUGGACCCAGUGUCUGUUGUAAUCAACAAGUCUGACGAUGUUGAGACUCUAUGUCCAGUGGUGACCGAGAUCGACAGUGUACAUAACCUCAUUCAAUUGUUUGCCAUUGGUUGUCACCGUGUACCAGUGUAUAGUCGUCCACAAUCACUCAAAGACUCUGCCGAUAGAAUACCAAGACUGAAUCGUAUCAUCAGUCAGACCGAUGUAGUAUUGUGGCUAUGGAACAAUCAAGCAUUCCGAUCCGAGAUCAUGAAGAGUGGAAAGAAGGUGGAAGACUACUAUCAUGCCAAUCCCAAGUCUGUCAAUCAGAACACCCCUACCUUUGAAGUAUUGAAGCUGCUUCACAACAACAAGAUCAGUGCUGUGGCAGUUGUCGACGACAGAGGUAACCUUAAGAAUGAAAUAUGUACAGAUAGCUGGAAGGGUACGAACGAGAAGAACAUCGAUAAUAUAUUUGAAGAUGUAAAGACCUUCUUGAGAUACAAACAGAAGAAGGAUUUAAAGAAACAUGAAUUGGCCAAGUGUACACUGGAUACUCCAAUAUACGAUGUUUGGGAGAUGGUGGCUACCAACAGACACCAUAGAGUAUGGGUGGUGGACAGGAAGAAGCUCAUUGGCAUCAUCAGUCUGGUCGACUUGUUGAGGCCAUGUCUAAGUAUGAGCAUUGGAGGCGAUGGUCAAAUGUAA